AUGAGCAAAAAGUGGUGUGAAGCAUCGGGGUGGAAUGCCCGUCAUCUUUCACUUCUUCACGGAGCUUCGCGGAUGUUUCAACGGUCUGGCGAAACAGAAGGAACAAAACCCAGAAAAGGUCUCUCGGCAAACGUCUUAAGCCAUUGCGUGGAGGGCGCUCCAAUAAGCACACUCCUUCAAGUAGUUCCAGUCACCGUCAAAUCUCAGCACAAGAGCAUCAAUACAUUUGCCCUGUUAGACCAAGGAAGCGAAGCUACGUUGAUUCUAAACAAAAUGUCAACUCAAUUACAGCUGGACGGACCAACAGAGAUGACUAGAUUGGGUACUUUCCAUGGUGAAGACCCAGCAAUCCAAGUAAAACGGGUCCAGUUUCACAUCCUACCAAGAGAUGGAUCUCGGUCUUUCAUCGUCAAGGCCGCUUAUUCUGUUCCUCAAAUGAAGAUUACGAAGCGGACGAUCAACUGGCCAAAGAUCAAAUAUAGGUGGCAACAUCUUCAAGAACCCGAUUUGCCCCACAUCGAUUCAAGCAAAGUGACAGUGCUGCUGGGCCGAGAUGUCUUGCGCGUUCACGAUGUGCUGGACACGAGAAUACCUCCGGACGGAGUGGAAGCCCCAGACGGACUGAAAACUCAUUUUGGAUGGUGCCUUACCGGACCAGUACCCAUGUCAGUGCUAUCAUCACCAGAGCACGGGAGUGAUACCAAAAUCAUGCACAUUCAACAUAGCCAAAAUGACGGAGAGCUACAAGAAGCUGUGGCGAACUUCUGGCUCACCGAAUCCUUCGGCGUAAGACCUCUCAGUCAAACGAUACUAGCUCCCGACGAGAUGAAGGCACUGCGUAUUUUAGAAAAUACCGUUCGCCACACCGGAGAAAGGUAUGAAGUGGGUCUCAGGUUACGUCAUCAGGACCUCCAACUCCCAAACAACAGAGAAGUAGCUGCUCGUCGCUUUCAGGCGUUAGAAAAAAGAUUUCAGAGGGAUCCUCAGUACGCCAGCAGUUAUUCUCGCGUCAUAGAAGAAUACAUUUCGUUGGGUCACGCAAAAUUAUCUGACACAAUGGAGACAAAUAACCCAAUUUGGUAUCUCCCUCAUCACGGAGUCACCAAACCCAACAAACCCAGAAAGGUCCGAGUUGUGUUCAACCCAUCUGCCCGCCACAAAGUGACAAACCUUAACGAGCAUGUGUUCAAAGGUCCCGAUCUGCUGACACCAAUGAUAGGAGUGCUGUUGCGUUUCCGUAGGCUGCCCGUCCCGAUACGUUUUACGGAAGAUUCUAGGAUGCUUUUUCCACUUGCCAGAACUUCUUCACCAGCUCAUUUAGGUUUUCGGGACGUUCAACGGUGGCCAGAUGAGCGAUGA